AUGUCCCAGUUUGACGCCAUUUACGAUAACCCCAACAUCUGUAAGCUCGAGGAGAAGCUUGACGUGAUUCCUGGCGAGCCGUCGGAUAAGCCAGGGUUCCACAACUACGUGGGCAAGUACCCGUUGCAACCGCCUCUCGACGGCGCCAGAGGUGUCUACGGCGGCGAGUUUGUCGCCCAGGGUACCUACGCCGCUUGGGCGCUGGUCCCUGACCCAGAAAUGUCCCCGCAUUCGCUCCACCUGUAUUUUGUCAAGGCCGGGUCCAGCGAGCUGCCAAUCAGAUGGGAGGUUCAGGAGAUUUCCAACACCAGAAACUAUGCCAACCGUCUCUGCCAUGGCUAUCAGCUGCACACGGGCAAGUUGUGUUUUACCCUUCAGGUGUCGUUUGUUCGCAACAACAAUGCCACCCGGCGGAACGAGUUGGGCCACAGGGAUGGGGUGCAGCCAUUGCAGAUUCAGCGCAAGCCGCAAGCGUUCUUCAACAAGUACAAGGACCGCCUCGAGUCGGAGCCGUAUUUCGAACACACCCACGGGCUCAUGCAAAACUACAUUCCUCGCGAGUUCCUUCAGACUGAUUACAACAUCGAUCUCAAGACGCGGGGGAAUGUUGAGUUUGGGUUUUUCACCAAAGUGAAUGACAAUUUAGACGUGGCGCAUAAUCCAGUUAAGGCCAAAAUAACCCUGAUGCUUUUCCUUCUGGACCUGUUCUGGCUCGCAACGCUUGCUAAAGCCUUGGGCUUGCCGAUAGCGGGCCACCAUUUCGAUACCGUGAAUUAUUUCCGUGUUUCGUUGGAUCACCAGGUGUACAUCCACGACACUGAGUUCGACCCCAGCCAGUGGAUGUUUAUUGAUUAUAAUUUCUCGACGAUGCGCAACGACAGAGUGUUGUGCCACUGUCAGUAUUACACUCUCGAAGGUAAGAUGGUGGCCCUGGUGGUGCAAGAGGCGUUGGUGUACUUGGGGGAGAAGAUCAUCCGGCUGGCGCAGACCCACUUUGGUCCCGAGCCAACUAAGCCAACGACUGCGAAGUUGUGA